CACAUGGGCAGGGUGUGCAGGAAAUAAGUGACGAAAGACAACCUACAACUACAUCCAAAAUAGGAAGAGAUCACUGAGCCUCUUGCUUCCUCCUUUGUACCUAUUCAUACAUUACCGGAACAUCGCCGUAUCAAGAUCAUUGAUCACUUCUUCUGACAGUACUGACGAUGCAAGAUACUCUGCUGCGAGUGUUUGUGGUGGCUCUGAGUUUUCUUACGCAUCUGAGGGAUGACCAUGGGGUUGAGGAAUGGGAUGAUAUCAUCACAGUGGGCAUGCAAAAGCAUGAAGAGAGGUUGCUGAGAGGAGGUGAUAAACUGGACCACAUAAUGGCACCUGUCAGUGACGAAAUGACACAUACCGACAAUGGAGGGCCUUUGAAUGACAUAAAAAACAUCCCCAAGGAACAAAAACAAUCUGAUCAACAUUUUAUUGAAAAAGAUAAAAUGUCAGAAGAUGUGACUGGGGGACAUUUUAUGGCAAAUUCUGAUCCACAAAACUACAAAAGUGACCCUGAGACUGAUCUGAAGAAUUCACAAACAGACCACAAGCAAAAAGAAGAAGACAUCCAGCCUAAUGACUCUUUGAAAGACUCAAGCAGAACACAGGAACAACAAGAAAAGCCUACAGAGAAGGAAGUGUUCAGCCCCAAAGAACAAGAAUCACCUCUUUCACACUUUCACACCAAGAUAUCAGAAAACGAAACUUCAGAGAAGGCGGUCGCUGAUUGGGAGAAGGAUUACCUCUGGUACAUAUGGAACACACUCUCCAUCAUUUCCAUGAUCCGCUUAUUCAGGAAAUAUCUAGGGAACAAUUCUCAAAUGAAACAAGAAGAAACCAGGGUCUUCCCAGUGACCUCCACUGCUGCUGAAGUGCCUUUACCAGACAGCGACACUCUGCUGCGAUUUCAUUCUAAAUGUAUUCAAGUCUCACCCAAUAAGUGGAGUGGGUUUUUGGAGGGGUUUGUAAAUGAUCUACUGGAUGCCAUGAAGACUGUCUGUGAUAGAAAUGGUGGUAUGGUGAUUAAGGACUUUCAGAUGGUGGACCUGUGUGAUAUCAUCGUCCCCUUUACCCCACCUGAUCCGUAUAGUUUUCAGUGUCUGCUCUGUAACAACCAGGCGAGUGAUCGGCUUCCAGAUAUGCAGGUCUGUGGUCAAAUAAAACUGGUGGAAAAUAAGAAAAUCCCAAAUGGCUGCCCCUGUCAGUCUACUGCCGCAGAUGAUAUGGUUUGCCUGCUCCAUUGCGAGACUGAGAAAGUAAAGACGAAAAUUACUGAUGUUUGUGAUGGCCUUCUUUGCAUGAAGAACUCCCCAUUCCUGUCACAAUCACAGGUUACUAGAUGGUUUCAAAGCACCAUCAAACAAGCGUGGGCACUGAUUUCACACAAGUAUGAGUUUGAGUUCAACAUUCCCUACAUUGCUGCUCCAGGUGCUUUAGUAGUUAGAUUCCGAUCUGGGAAAAAGAUUCGCUUCAGUAUGAAUCCUGUGGUUAAAUUCAACACUGAUGCUCAUUUCUUUGUUACUCCUGGCUCCCCAAACAACUUGGAUACUUUCUGGACUCUCUCCUUGACCAACUAUGAAGAUCGUUUCUUAGAUCACAUCUCUAAACAUCUGCCUGAUGACUCAUGCCACAGUCAAACUCUUGAAAUUGCACAUUUCCUUCUCGAGAGACAGACUGCACUAUCAGAAAGAAGUGCUCUCAAGGGUUUUCAUUUCAAAACUGCACUAAUGCAUUUGCUUUUGACCAAAGACCCAUCAGAGUGGAAACCAAACUUUCUGGCUUGUAGGUUACGAGACUUACUGGCCUUCAUGGAGAGACGCCUUGAGAAAAAGCUGCUGCACCAUGUUCUAAUUGGGGACCCUUUAACUCAGAAGGUUAUUGAGCUCCCUGCUGAAUUCACUCAAGUAAAGGCUGUGAAUCUCUUCCAUCCCCUUGUGGUACACCACUGUAUCUACAGAAACGCUGUAACACAUUUCCAGGAAAUGCUUAGAAAUGCACACAUGCUGAUACAUGACUAUGUUGUGUAUUGACAGUAUCAAUUGUUUCAUUUAAAGAAAAUUGUGUACACAUUUAAAUUGACAUAUGCAAUAUACAAAGGGUUUUAUUUAAAAUGUUGUAUCAUUUCCACAGGACUGUGCUUUUAGUAAUCAUGCUCCCAGUACUUUAGAAAGUCUUCAUGCUCAGCCAUGUCAGGGUCCUCCAAACUGAACGUGUCAGCAUCGUAGGAUUUCAUCCAAGGAUCAACCGCUGCAUAUCGGUCCUUCCAGCUCAAAUCCACCUUCCAAGAGUGACUGGAGGUUACAUCUCUAGAAGCUGUUGAAAUAGGACAUGAUAAAUUCCAAAGAGGAGCAUCAAGGGACUCAUUUAGUAUGUUAAGAUUCAGCAUGAUUACCAGAUAAAAUUUCCGUUGAAUUUGCCAGUACAAGACAGCAAAAAUGCUUCAAGUUGACUCACGUUCAAGUUAUGCUUUAUGCCAAUUUGAGGAUUAUGUAUAAGGCUACUGUAUUUCAUACUGGAGGUACUUCUCCCAUAAUGUGUUUUUAAAAAAAAAAAAAAACGAAACAUUACCCUUUGGCUUUGCAGAGGGGCAGGUGGAGUCACAACAGGUGCAAACAGAGUCAUCACCAUACAGCUCCUUCCACCUAAACCAUAAGCAAGGUGGUCAGAUCUUGAAAUGCCAUUUGACAAGCUUUGUGAUAGACAAAAAACAGAUCAAUGCAAUACACACUCACCAAGUGGCAGUACUCAAUACAAGCAAGUGCUGAACAAAAGCUUAAGUUCUCCUCCUCCUCCUCCCCCCCGCAGUCAAGUACACAAAACAUUUCAUCUACAAAGACUUUCAAAGUGACUUUUACUUUAACCAAACUCACUUUUUGGUAGUGGGAUCAUAAUUGCAAGCCUUUGAACUCAGAGUUGGAGUAAGGGUCCCCACAGAGACGUCACAGUGCAUGUAGAGUUGCUGAAAUACAUUGUUUGAGUUAUCAUACUUUCAAAUAGAAAAUGUAUAGAUCUGUGCCAUUUGCUCUUUACGGUACCUGUGAUGAGGACGAAGUAGAAAUCUUGUCUUUAAAAAUCAAGGCAACCACACUGAAUUUCUGGGUCAUCUUUGAGGCAUCACUGUGGAACUUUGACUGGCCAGUCACAACGCCAUCAAUCAUACAGCUGCAAUUAAAGAGAAAUACACAUUUACCUCCAACCACCAAGUUACACACCCAUCUUAUUUCUGAAAAGAUUCAAAUCUUACCCUUGGUUAUCAAUGACUGUAUAUUUAGGAUUGGAGUUGGGGUCUUGGGAGGCUGUCAUAAAGCACUUGUUAAUGUACACCCUCUGUGCUCCAAAACCUGCUGUGCUUUUUGCUUGCUUGACCUCAAAGUACAUUGGCUGGCCCAAGGUGUAGGUUUUGGCACCAACGAUUUCAUUCCCUGAGGCUGUGGAAAAGGAUGUCUGUCAUUCAACGGUCUUAGAUCUUAAUCUAUUGAGCUAUUGUACACUUUAAGGGAUUAAGUUACAAAAAACAAACCAUGUAAAACCUGCAGUGAUGAAUCCCUGUGAAUACUUGCUGUAGUAUUGCAUCUUUACAUUGUAUUUAGUAAAUGUUCAAAUGCUUAAGACAAAUGACAGACAUUGCUAUGUGGCAUUAAAAAAGGUUGAUAAAAUUUGCAUGAGCUAAA